AUGCGCCUAGAGAGCUGGCGCAAGGCCCUCGUGUGGCAGAAACGCUACUUGCAACGCGUCCUGGCCGGCUACACGCGCUUCGAGCGCGGCCUCCUGCAGAACACGCCACACCUGCCACACCUGCCACGGGAGCCCCGCCCCACCGGCAAGAAGCUCUUCAAGUGCGUGGUGACGGUGGUGGUGACCGUUCUGCGAAUGGAGUUCCUAGUGCGGCGUCGGCAGCAGGCGCGCAACGCCGCCGCCUGCCUCUUGCGCAACGACAACCAGAAUGACGCUGACAACAACGCUUUUGCGUCGCGGCACAAUAUCACAGGCACGCCGCUGGUGACCCCGCGGGCGCUGCUGGCGCGGCGGCUGCGCCUCGCCCCCUCCACCCCCUGCGCCCCCUCCACCCCCUGCGCCCCCUGCGCCCCCUCCGCCUCCCCGUGCCCCCCCUCGCCCCUCGCGCAGCGCACCCCCCGCGCGCCCUUCACCCUGCACACGCCCCACUCGCCUCUCACGCCGCUCGGAGCGCUAAGCACCGUGGACGACGAGGUGAAGGGGUCUCUGGGCGUCAACUCGCCUCGUAAUGAGUUUUACUUACUCAGUUCCCCCCGUGGCGACGCGGCGUCCGAGUACGCGCUCGGCCGGCCGGAGGGGCCGGACGUGCCC